UAACUACACCUGGCUCCAGCUCCCAGUCAUCUGCUCUGAGCUCCAAGACCCAGAGAAGCCCAGCACCUUCCGGGCAGGCACGAUGGGGACACUGGUGCCUGUCCUGCUGUGCUGGACCCUCCUCUUGGGUUCCACAGCCCCCCAGGACAACCAAGGCCGGUCUUACUCUCUGACCUUUCGCUACACUGGGCUGUCCAGGCCCACUGAAGGCUCCCCCAGGUUUCAGGCCACCGCGCACCUCAACGACCAGCCCUUCUUCCACUACGAUAGCAAAGGCAGGAAGGCCGAGCCCCUGGGCCCCUGGAGCCAGGUGGAAGGAAUGGAGGACUGGAAGAAGGAGAGCCAGCUUCAGGAGGCCAGAGAGGAAAUCUUCAUGGUGACCCUGAAUGACAUCAUUGACUACUACAAGGACAGAGGGGAGGAUGCAGGGUCUCACACCUUCCAGGGAAUGUUCGGCUGUGAGCUCCAGAAUAACACACUCAGUGGAGCAUUUUGGAGGUACGGCUACGAUGGACAGGACUUCAUCGAAUUCAACAAAGAACUGCCAGCCUGGGUUCCCUUGGACCCAGCCGCCGUGAACACCAAGCAGAAAUGGGAGGCAGAAGCGGUCUAUCCGCAGCGGGCCAAGGCCUACCUGGAGGAGGAAUGCCCCAGUAUGCUGCGGAGGUACCUGAAGCACGGCGGUUCUCUCCUGGACCGAAAAGAUCCUCCCUUGGUAUUGUUCACUAGUCAUGUGAACCCAGAAAAAACGAUACUCAAGUGCCUGGUCUACGCCUUCUACCCAGAAGAGAUCACUCUGAGCUGGACUCGAGGCAGUGAAGCUCAGGAGUGGGAUUCACUGGGAGAUGUUCUUCCCAGUGGAGACGGCACUUACCAGACACUGGCGAUGGCGGAAGUCCCAACCCAACACACAGUCCCCUACCUCUGCCACGUGGAGCACAGCAGCCUGGCCCAGCCCCUCACUGUGGCAUUGAACAAGGCAAAGAAACCUCAGGGUUAAAGUCAGUCGAGGACUCAGCCCCAGUAGCCACCCUACUGCCUGACAUGAGAAAGACAAACUCUAGAAAUCGCCAUCAACAUCAUCAGUGAGGUCCGGGCAGGCAGUGUGAGGGGACAGGCUGCAGCUUUGGAAACAGAAGACGUGAGUGCCCAGCUCUGAGCUGCCCCUUGCUGCCAAAUCGCUGAACUCCCACAGCUUCCAUCGUCUAAUCUGUAAAAUCAAGUUAACAAUAAUUACCUUGCCUAGCACACGAUUUAGAAAGGUGUUUUUAAACUCUGCAACACUGUAAAAUGUGAUUAGAUCUGUUCAUUUGUCCUGUCCCCCAAAACAUUUGACCAUCUGAAAUUCUCAGAAUAAAAAUGCCUUCAAACAAA